AUGUUACCGUAUGCAGGUCCACCGACCAUCCUCCACAAUAAUAAACACCGGACCUGGCGUCGAUAUAGGUACUACAUAUAUAAAGACCCCCGACCACCUCGCUCCCAUACUUCUCUACCAGGCUGAUUCAAUCUCACUAUCCAUUCCAGCUACUUCAGUGACCAGGUCAGCGAAUACCACUUCGUCAACAUGCUGCUCCAAGCCCUUAUCAUACCGCUUCUCCCUCUCGUCGUCGCUGUACCUGUUGAGAAGAGAGCCAAUCCAGUCGUCACAAUCUCGAACCCACAAGCCACUAUCACGGGCCGCGCCGGCAUCUUGGACGUCGACACUUUCUUGGCCAUCCCAUUUGCUCAGCCUCCAGUGGGAAACCUGCGUCUACAGAAGCCUCAGCCCCUCAAGUCUCCCUAUGGCAACAUCAACGCCGGUGGACUGACAAGUCCAUCAUGUCCUCAGCAAUUCUUCGACGUAGACGACAAUCUCGGAGUCCUCCCUACUGCCGUAAUCGGCAUGCUCCUGAAUACUCCACUGUUUCAGAAAGUCACUGGCCAGACCGAAGACUGCCUCACUAUCGACGUCGUGCGUCCCAAGGGAACCACAAAGGACUCGAAGCUGCCAGUUCUUUUCUGGAUCUUCGGUGGAGGUUUUGAACUUGGAUCAACCCAGACAUACCAAGGCGGACAGCUCCUUCAGGACGCAAUGAACAAUGGAAAGCCCUUCAUUUAUGUUGCAGUCAAUUACCGUGUCGGAGGCUUCGGCUUUCUCGGAGGCGCCGACAUCAAGAAAGCUGGUGCCUCCAAUCUUGGUCUGCUCGACCAACGUCUUGGUCUGCGGUGGGUUGCAGAUAACAUCGCAGCGUUCGGAGGCGAUCCUAACAAGGUCACAAUCUGGGGUGAAUCUGCCGGAGCCAUCUCCGUUCUUGACCAGAUGAUCCUCUACAACGGUGACAACACUUACAAUGGAAAACCUCUCUUCCGUGGCGCUAUCAUGAACUCGGGCAGUAUCAUCCCUGCUCUCGACGUCGACCACCCUAAGGCUCAGGCUGUCUAUGACCAAGUCGUAUCCUACACAAGCUGCAGCGGUGCUUCUGACAAGCUUCAAUGUCUUCGUGACGCGCCCUACGACGUCUACCUCAAUGCUGUCAAUUCGUUACCCGGUAUCCUGUCCUACUCUUCCGUUAACCUUGCAUACCUGCCUCGCCCCGAUGGCAUCGUACUUACGCAAUCACCUGAGCUCCUCAUUCAACAGGGCAAGUACGCCGAUGUUCCCUUCAUCAUAGGCGAUCAAGAAGACGAAGGCACGCUCUUUGCGCUCUUCCAAAGCAACGUCACCACGACCGAGGAACUCGUCAAUUACUUUGUCAAUGGCAACUGGUUCCCACAGUCCACCCGGGAACAGGUCGAGAAACUUGUCGCUUCUUACCCUGAUGAUGCGGCCCAGGGCAGUCCCUUCCGCACUGGCGGACUGAACAACAUAUACCCGCAAUACAAACGUCUCGCCGCAAUUCUGGGUGAUGCUACGUUCACUCUUACGCGCCGCGCCUUCCUUGCUGUCACAAGUGCUGUGCGCCCCAAUACGCCAUCCUGGAGCUAUCUGUCUAGCUACGACUACGGAUUACCGAUCCUGGGCACGUUGCAUGGAAGUGAUAUCAUCCAGACCUUCUACGGCAUCUUUCCAAACUACGCCGCAAGGGCUACACGAGGAUACUACUAUAACUUCAUCUUGAACGGAAACCCCAAUGUUGGUGGUGGCAACUUUCCGAACUGGCCGAAAUAUAGCGAGAGUCAGCAGUUGGUGAACUUUGUCGCGGACUCGAGUAGUCUGAUCAAGGAUGACUUUAGGAGCAAGCAGUAUCAGACCCUGGUGGAAUUGACAUCGAGUCUCCGAGUAUAG